AUGUCGCGAAGGACGAAUAGACCUCCCUCCACCUACGAGGACACGCGUUCUAUCCGCUCCCAGCGAUCCAGAGCCCCGGCUAACCAUGGCUCCCAGAGGGCGGCACGUCCAGCCGAGGCUGAUCGCCAGUCGCUGCGCCCACCUGCUGCUGAAACAGAUCGCUAUUCCCUUCGUGAGCACUUUGCAGCAACCAGGAGCGUGCUAGAGUUUGAUUUUGACGACGCUUCCUCCUUUGUGGGUUCGACCCUGGCGUCUGAGCACUUGGGCGGAGAGGACCAGGAUGAUGAUGAAAAGGUUGCCGCCGAGCGAGAGGUCAUCAGGAAGCUAUUCGCAGACGGCCCUCUGGACAGAAGCUACUAUGAGCUUAUGUGUCUUCCCAAGAAGGGCCCGGCACUAAGGCGAGAGGAGGUUCAGGCUGCCUAUAAUCGCCUCGUUCAAGUGCUUGCUGUGGAGAGGCAGUCAGGACCUCUGCAGAGCCCGGCAGGUUUCUAUCUGGGGAUGGUUCAAGCGGCAUAUGAAGUCUUGGCCGACCCAUCACGAAGAAUUGGUUACGACUUGUCGACCAUCGAGGGGUAUGACUCGGAGGAUGACGAGGCCGAGCUUGAUGUUGCCCUUCUUGGUGCAGAGAAGCAGACCACUUAUGAGAGCAAGAUCCAAGAUCAGUAUAUCCUGCUCACUCGCCGGGAUGCCCGAGCGACUACAGACUUGGGAUUCAGGGUGAAUGCUUCGCCUCUACUUGCGUCUUCUGAGGAACUUGCGAAGCGUGGAAACCCUGGAGUGGAAGUGCUGGAUUUCUCGUUGCAAAAGUCUGCCACCGUGGCCUUGCCAGGAUUCAAAGAGCCAUUCGAGGAAGCCUCAGUAACUCUUGUGAAGGUCUUGAAAGACUUCUUUGAAGAUUCAGAAGAGGGAGAAAAGAAGGCACCUCUUCCGGAGCAGCAGCAGCAAAAGAAGGCAUCAACCAAGCCUCCCAUCCGGUUCACUGACCCAACCCUCACCAUCACCGGCUCAGUCCACGGUCUCCUCGAUGACCCUAUCAGACUCGCCCCAUUGGUUCUGGACCACUACCAGCCUCCAGGCCCAUCCAUUCACAGCCGCCGCCGUCUUGACCAGCUUCUAUCCUCCCGUUUCCUGCCAGCCUUGAACCUCUCCUUCCGCCAAGAGAUGGCCUGGCGCGACCCGAGGACCCCCCAGCACCCUCAAAUCCCUGACCUCAUCCUCGAGACAGACAUAUCCCCCCUCCCUCACCCCACAACCUCCCUCCGAGUAGGCCACACCAUCCCCCUCCUCCACGACCCAACAGCCCCCAUCAACGUGGAGCUCUUCGCCUCCAAAAUCUGGUCUCACAAUAUCACCAACUUUGGCCUCGCCGCCCACAAGCGAGUCGGCGCAGACUCGAACGGAACCGCCUUCCUCAUCGCCGACUCGGGCGACUUCUCCCUCCUCAACCUCGCAUCGUCACGGCCAAAAGAAUGCGCCGACAUGACGCACUUCUCCCGGACCUUUGGCUCCCGCUCGCUAGCCUCCUUCACCAACCCCCCAACCCUAGAAGUAGGCUACUCCUUCGCCCUGCCCGACCUCGGAAUCCACCAAGGCAAAUCCCUCACCAGACCCUCGGCCCGCGGCCUCUCCGUCCUCGACGCCGACCUCGACGAGAACAAACCCGGCAGCUGGACAAUUUCCACCGGCUUCACCCCGGGGAACAUAGCAGCCUACCUCCGCUACGGCAGGGAUUUUUUUUCCUCUUACCUCCCCGGCAGAGCAAAGGGCGGCAUCCGCGGGGAGGUCGAGCUAGCGGGCACCGUCCAAAAGGACUUUUACCUCGCGUUCCGAGCGCUAAAGUCGUUUGGUCGGUUUAGCAAAGCAGGGUUGGAGGUCGGGCUGUCGCCGUUCAAUCUUCAUCUUUCGCUCUACUGGUCCAGGCUCGGGCAGAGGUUCUCGCUGCCUUUUCUCAUGGCGAGCGGGGCGGGGAGGUCGAAGCUGGGGAUGAAGGUCCUGUUUUGGAGUACCGUGUUCCCGUUUGCUGCUUUGGCGGCGUGUGAGCUUUAUAAGCAGAGGCAGAGGCAGAGGAGGGCGGUGGCGAAGGCGAGGGGGCCGGGGAUCAAUCCUGCGGCGCUGAGGCAGUAUAUUAACAAGAGGAGGACCGAGGCGGAUGAGCUGACUGUUAUUCUGGCCACGGGAGCGGAGGGGAGGCAGAGGGAAGAACGACAAAAGGGGGGGUUGGUGAUUUUGUCGGCGAAGUACGGGGUUAGGAAUGCGCCGCCGGAGGAGGUGGCGGAUGUGACGAUUGCGCUGGCGGCGUUGGUGGAUGAUUGGGGACGGUUGCAUAUUCCGAGGGGGGUGAAGAAGGGGAAGUUGCUUGGGUUUUGGGAUCCGAACCCGAUGGCGGGGCAGCAGGGGAAGGUGUUGAGGGUGAGGUAUUUGUGGGGGUAUAAGGAGUAUAGUGUCGAGGUGGAGGGGAGGGAGGAGUUGAGGUUACCGUGA